AUGAAACGGAAAGCGAACAAAUGCCAAUUAUCCGUCAUCCAACUCCAAGACGCGAACACAAAGUUCGACGUUUUAAUCGCCAACACCUCGCACUCUCCGAAAUACGAAAUUGCAGUUUUAAGGAACAUUCCAAUCGUGUCGAGAGUGUGGAUGGACGCGUGCGCCGAGAGCGGCGAGUUGACGUACGAGUACGAGAAAUUUCCGUUCAAAUUUUUUACGGACUGCGUGGUCUGCGUGACUGGGUUUCAGUGGGAGGAGAGGAAUGGUAUUCAAGAGAUGGUGGAGAAGAAUGGAGGCGUGUUUAGCGCGGAUUUGGAGAAGGACGUGGUGACGCAUUUGAUUGCGAAACAAACGAGCGCGGGAGAGGAACCGACGGGCGCGAAAUACAGACACGCGAGGAUGUGGGACAUGUGGGUUUUGAGCAAAAAGUGGGUGGAGGAUUGCGUGAAACGAGGCGUGAAGUUGAACGAGUACGAGUACGACGUUAAAAACGGCAUAUCGAAUAGCAAACAAACGGAUUCGUCCUUGGAACUGCUUAAAAAGCAGCCGGAGGUACCUUUCCCGACCAAAGAAGAGUUGACGAAAGAGUUGGAAGAGGAGUACGACGAAGAUCAAACGCCGUGGGGACAACACUAUUUGUUUAGCACGAAAGUGUAUUUGGUUGGGUUUAGUUGUAGUAAUAAUAGCACUUCAACGCCGGCGGCGGGUGGUACGGCGGUAGACCCGAACGAUAUUUUAAGGCCGAGCGCGAAGAACGCGCGAUUGGCGCAUAAAAUUUUGAGAGCCGGAGGAGCUACGGUCGCCAUGAAUCCGCAAAACGCCACACACGUCGUCAUCAACGACGAUUUGGAGUGCCAAAAAGACGUUGAUUUCAUUUUACGAACGUACAUGCGACCUCAUCGUGAGAAGUGCGUAACGUUUGAGUGGUUGAAAAAGUGUAGCGAGGAAGGAAGGACGAUGCCGAAAUCAAAGAGGUUUCGAGUGGCGAAAGAGAGAUUUUCGGAAGUUAUCGCAGCUCCCACCUUCUGCAACGAUCCCGUGACAACCUUCGACGAUGAUGAUAAGAAAACGUCCUGGACAAACUACAAGAACGAUAAUACAUCGCCUCCGCGAAGAAUCCCGGAGAGGAGUCCUCUGAAAGUCAUCGAUAAAGACAAGAAUCCUUUGAGAAGACAACCCGCGAUGGUAAAGAAAGACGAUAUAGAAACGCAGCAACACGCGCCAGCCGCCGACGAUAUCGUCGUUAGAAGAGGAAACGACAAGCAGCAGUCUCGUCGCGACAACGACAAGAAUAAUAAAUAUAAUACGAUGACGGAACAAAUACCGGAAACUCGCGCGGCGAUUGGCGAAACUGCUUUGGUGAAUAACGAGGACGAGGACGACGCGUUGUUAUUAGGUAGAAACGGUUACAAUUCGCGAAAUGAAUCCAGCGACCACUCUUCUAAACAAUCGCAGCUUUAUCCUUUAGCGAACGUGAAAUUGAGUUUAUUCGAAGGCUUGUGCAUCGGAGAGAAAGAGGUAGCGCUGAACUUGAUCAGUCUUCUCGGCGGCGAAUAUUUACGGGGCAGUUCAACCUCCACGUUAGCUUCCUCGGACUUUAUCAUCUGCCCGGCGUUACCCUCGAUGAGCGAGAAGAAGAAACUGCAGGCGUUAGCGUCGGAUAUUGCCAGCGCUGCUCGAGAAAACCCGGAUGCUAUCUUUAGCGCGCGUUUCGUCGCGCCGCACUUUCUCGAAGGCGUCUCUUUGGAGGGCAAAAUUUUCAAGCCGUCUGAGUCUAUGGCGUACCAACCGUACAUGGACCACGACGGAAAAUUUUUGAGCAUGAAAGGUGUCGUCUUGUCCCCGUCGUCGUACACCGAACGAGAGAAAAGUGCAAUCCGAAUGCUCUCCUUAAUCUGCGGCUGCGAGUGUACGGAGAAUUUGAAAAAAGGUAAGAAUACGCACGUCGUGGUCUCUAAAGCGGAAGGGUCCAAGUAUAAAGCCGGCGUGAACUGGAAUAAAAAAGUCGUCACGAAAGAGUGGUUAGAAGAAUGCGCGAGAAAAGGGCACAAGGUUGAUGAGAGUAGGUUUGCACCACCGCUACCGGGCGCGAUGUUGGAAGAAACGCAAGGCGAAGAGACAUUAAACGACGACGCGACCGCCGACGCAAAGAAAAGAUCGGAUCCAUCGAUUGAAGGAGGAGGAGGAGGCAGCGGCAGCGGCGGCGAGAAGACCGUGGAAAAAACGGCAGAGAAGAAGAUUGCUUACGCUGAAGAAGAAGAAGAAGAAGAAGAUAUCGCGCCGCCAAUGGGCGCGCCGAUGGACGAAGAAGACUAUUUUCAAAAGCUGCCGCCGCCCCCGCCGGUCGUCGUAGCGCACCAACACCAAGCGCUUCCAACGAGCGCGAUGAAAACGCCUUCCGCGACGACGAAAACGACGACUCACUCGACGGCGACGACGCAAACGACAAACAAGAAAUCGUCUUUGGAGCACGUAAAAACGCAUUCGCGCUUUCAACGCACGCCUGGACCGUCGUCCACGGCCAAGAAAACUCCAAACGGAGUUUCUUCUCAGCAUACCAACGGCAACAACAAAAACGUAGCGGCGAUUCCUAUACAAAAAAUCACCAUCGCAACGGCAAAGAAGUCUACUCCAUCGAAGCAGCAGCCUUCACAACAACAACAACAACAGUUGAAAUCGAGCGGUAGCGUGGAGGUCAAAAGAAACCCUCCCUCGCAACACCGUUCGCCGACGCAGCUUUCGAUCGACGGUAAACGCAAGUUACCGUUGACGUCGACAACUACGCAAAAGAAGAAGCAAAACAGCGAAAAAUCGAUGUUGUUAUCGCCAAUGUUCGAUGGCGAGGAUGGCGAUGGUAACGUCAACAACUCGGCGAAUCCGUUGCCGAUGAAUCUCUUCAACAACAACAACGAGGCUGCUACCACGCGCAACGCCAAUUUGAACAUGCUCAUGAUGAAAUCGCCGUCGCCGGCAAAGAACAAGAACAACAACACCAACGAAGAGACAGACGGUGGCUUUGAUGACAACUCGGACGUGGCUUUGCCUGACUUUAAAGUUGGCGGCAUUGGCGCGACAUUACCGAACACGUUGAACAUCGCGCUCGGCAGCGCGCGCAAGAAUUUCAACGGAGCGGGAGAGAAUCCGUCGUCGACUUUGAACAUGGAAACGCAAGUUGGGUACGGAAAUACCGCGUCGUUACACGCGCAUCACCAGACCUCCUCAAAAUUAGAGGCUUUACGAAGCAGGCGAUUGAAUACUCGAAGCGGAGGGGGCACGAACAAAAACUCAGGAGGCGCCUUGAAGAACUUAAUCGGCGGACGACCGUCUUCCCCGUUGGCGAAUGCGGCGACUGAUAAUAUAGAUAACAAAGACGAGUGGAUGAAGUAA